GCCUGGGAGGGGAAGCGACGAGCGGCGGGGCGGGGGCUGUCGCCGUCGCCGCCGCCGCUGCCGCCGCUGUCAGUUCCGGCUGCAGGUCGAGGAGCCGAUCCGGCCUCGGCGCCGCCUGAGGAGACGCGACCUUCUCGCCGCGACGGGAGCGGCCGCUCCCCCGGGGCCCCCCCUCCCGCCCACCAGAGGCCAUGGCCCGGGACUACGACCACCUCUUCAAGCUGCUCAUCAUCGGCGACAGCGGUGUCGGCAAGAGCAGUUUGCUGCUCCGUUUUGCAGACAACACUUUCUCAGGCAGUUACAUUACCACAAUUGGUGUCGACUUCAAAAUUCGGACCGUUGAAAUCAAUGGGGAAAAAGUCAAGUUACAGAUCUGGGACACUGCGGGACAGGAGCGCUUCCGGACGAUCACCUCAACGUACUACCGAGGCACCCACGGGGUCAUUGUGGUUUACGAUGUCACGAGCGCGGAGUCUUUCGUGAAUGUCAAGCGGUGGUUGCAUGAAAUAAACCAGAACUGCGACGAUGUGUGCCGGAUAUUAGUUGGCAAUAAGAACGAUGAUCCAGAACGGAAAGUGGUGGAGACAGAAGACGCCUAUAAAUUUGCUGGGCAGAUGGGCAUCCAGCUAUUUGAGACCAGUGCCAAGGAGAACAUUAAUGUGGAAGAGAUGUUCAACUGCAUCACGGAGUUGGUUCUUCGGGCUAAGAAGGACAACCUUGCAAAACAGCAGCAGCAGCAACAGAACGACGUGGUGAAACUCACAAAGAACAGUAAACGGAAGAAGCGGUGCUGCUAAUGGCCUUCCUCCUCCACCACCUCCGGGGGCGGCAGAGACUGGGCGCUCGGGCAGCCCUGCCCUCGCAGCCUGGCGCAGGCGAUGCCCCAGGACUCUUCCCCCCUCCCUGCGUGCCGUUAUUUAAAGGAGUUCCCUCCAUCUUCUCGAUCAGGAGGCACCUUACCGUGUCCGUGCCAAGAACAGGAUGGGACGGAGCUGGUUCCGCCCGACUCUUUCCAUCCUAAGGUUUAUUUUUGUUCCCGCUCCUCUUGAAGAGCAUCUGGUAGACAGCCCUGACUUUGCCUACCAAGGGGACUUGACCAUUUGUACAUAAUGUAUAUUGGCUUUAACCAGCUGCAUCUCCUUGUGUCGCUUCGGGCUUCUGCCUUCUCUGACUCCACCAAUCAUGAAUUGUUCAGAACUCUCUUUUUUUUUUAAUUCGUUUGUUUACUUGCUCUUUUUUUUUCCCCCUCUCCAGAAACACAAUCCAAUGACCUUAAAACAGGCGGCCCUCAUUGGCGGCCAUUCUUCUUCAGCCUUCAUUAGCCUUUAAGCAGAAGUGGAUCCUUGGUGAUCAUCUGGAGAAUGUUUUGAAAUCCUUUUUUUCCCAAACUCUGGAAUAACUGAUGUUCCCAGAGUUGUUUUGUUCUCUGUCCUUCAGCCCCCUCCUUCAAGAGAAGGAAAGAUCCUACUUUUAUAACUCAAAGACAUUCAAACCACCGCGGCAGAGAAAAAUUAGGAUUAAAACUUGUAUUGGCCUCCAGGUAGUAUCCCCGUCCUUGUAAAACUUCAGAAUGAAAAUCAUCUCUUUCUCUCUCUCUCUCUCUCUCUCUCUCUCUCUCUCUCUUUUUUUUUUUUAAUAAGUGUGUGUCAUUCUGUACCAGGUAUGAAGUGUAAAUGCAGAAAUGUGCUUCUGAUGGGAUCAAUUCUUCGUGGUUCUCCUCUUCUUUUCCCUCUCCCCUUAAUUUUUUUUCCUUUUCUUUCAAAAGCUGGAGAAUUUGGGAAGGGAUGGCUGGAUGGUUUUUGUUUGUUCUCCAUCAGAACAAAAUCUGCCUCUCGAUUCCGAUUCUAGCUGCUGAAGAGCGAAUGGUUCUUCUAAUUAGGUUAAAACAAGGUAACAUGAGCUUCAGCCAGCAUAUAAUCACCAGCUUCUCAGCGUUGAUUUGCCCCCUCCUCCCAGAACAUACCAAGGGGGCAAAAAGCCACACCAUCCUCAAAUCACCGUGACGUCCCACCCUGCAUUGUCUGGCAUCUGAUGGUGACCGUGGUCAUGUUAAAAGAUGGCCACCAGUGUCGAACUUUGGACUUCAAAUCUUGCUGGAAGGACUCAGCAGAAUCCCCCUGUUUAUCGUCGCUGCUUUUUAGGAGAGGAAGCAGCUACCGCCAUCCCACUCAAAGCAGUGGCGAGCUAGCAGAAGGGCGUCCUCCAUUUCGGCACGCUGUUUUUCACCGCUGACCUCUCUGCAUUUCUCGUGAGAUACUUCCAACCUUGUCCCGGACGCUUCAGGCCCUGAGCAAUUCAUGAUUCAGAAGAAACGAGGAGAGCCCGUCAAGAUGAACGAGAGCAGGACCUAGCCGUGGAGUAGGUGCGGCUAGAAGCAACGGGGGAAUUCUCACCGGUGGGCAUUUUGUCUAGUGGACAGGCGAGGGGUGCGGAGGGCUAUUUGGUAAGCCUGGAACCCACGUUCUCCCUGGGAAGAGUGGGAUGCUUCCCAAGGCUGCCUCUCCGCCGGGCCUGUCCAGUCAGGGGGGCUGCAACUUAACCUCCAGACAACAGUUGUGAGCGAAAGGGACAAAGUGAUGGAUGGGGCUAGUGCACAGGGUUGGGGGAGGGAAGGGAAAGGGGCUGCACCUUAGCAGUGCUAAUGUCGAGCAGUGAAAUGUCUUAACUGGUUUGCUUAGAUGAUUUCUGUAUAUGGGAACUUUCUAAUUAACGCUUUUUAAAUAAUUUAAAAACAAAAAAAAAUAAAAUAAAAGGUGCCAAGCUGCCACAAGCUUCCCCCCAGGCUCCGGUCUUUGCUUCUCCUCACCUGCAGCGGUCGAAACCGCUGGCAGAGCCCCUGAAAUCUGGGUUCUGAUGGCUGGGAAGGUGAGGUUCUUUCCUGAGUCGUUUCUGCACAAAAGAGGGGAGGGGGGCGGCUGCGGGGUUGAAUUUCCAAGCUGGGUUGGCCAAAAUUUGUCUUUUCGGGUGGACGUAAACGGGGUAGUUAAGUAAUAAUGUUGCAUUGCCUGUGUGUGAUUGUGAGUUUUCCCGUGCUAAGUUGAGGGGGCCAUGUAGCAAUUGGAUCCUCAGGUAGCAGGGAACACGGAUUGUUUUUUUUUUUUUCUUACGCUAACAAUUCCAAGAGAGAGUGUUGAACUGUUUAAAUAAAUAAAAUUAAAAAAAAACCCA